AUGUCUCUUAGUCAACGAUUCUUUACUGAUGCUUUCCGCGACAUGCAACGUGCUAUGGCUGUUUUUGAUGAACCCUUCUUCAAUGCAGCUCGUCGUUCUCUUUUAACUGGUCCGACAAGCUCUUUCUUACACCACCGUGGUAAUAUCUUACGAUAUCCUGCUACCGAUGUCCUUGAAACUUCCGAUGCAUACGAACUCCAUGCGGAAUUACCCGGUUACGACAAGAAAAAUAUUAAAAUCGAAUUAGCAGACAAUCAGACUUUGGUGUUGAGUGGCAAGAUGGAGGAACAAUACGAAGCUGGACCUUCUACUACCGCAGAGAAAACAACAGCGGUUGAAUCUUCUGCUGAAGCUCAGACUACCCCGUCGGCUGACGCUGGUCAACAAGCGCAACAGGAAGUGACAAAGACAUCAGAUGCGGACAAGCAAGUCGCUCAGCCUGCUAAAAAUGGUACACAGUAUUGGGUGAAGGAACGCUCGUCAGGAUCUUUCUCUAGGUCGUUUGCUUUCCCUCAGCCUAUCAAGAGUGAAGGUAUCAAGGCUUCCUUUGAAAAUGGUGUUCUCAAGGUGACUGUACCCAAAACUGUUGAAAACCAAGCCAAGCAAAUCAAUAUUGAUUAA